AUGCGAAGGGAUAAGAUAGCUUUUCAGAAAGAUAAGAAGGUCAACAAAUUGUAUACUGUUAGCGUGAUAAUGCCAGCGAAAAAAAAUGUAGAAAAGAACUCUGCGUCACAACAAGAAAUACCCAUGCCGCCAGUCGGCUUACCCCCAAACCGGAAAGCUUAUACUUGCACUGAGUUUAUUAUUCAACAGCUCCUCCAAAUAAUUGAGACCUCGAUUGAUAGCAAGGUUUGUGCGAAUAAAACAGCAUUGCUAAGCGAAGAGGAAUUAACCUUGGCACUCACAUCUUGCGCAGCGAAUGCCCUUCACAAUACCAAUAGUGUUCACCCGUCGGACGACGUGCCACGCACAUACUGGGUAGACCUUGGUCAGCAGAUUGAGGUCGAUCGAUGGGUAGAGUUCUCACGCUACUGUGCUGCCAAUGGGUUUCGUCCGCUCAAGGCUAAGCACUUAAUGGAGUGUCUGUUGAGUUUCAAACAGCUUAUUGAGCAGGGGAAAUUGCAUGAGGAAGACAAAACCGGGGAGGGGAGGAAAUGUAUAACUACUCAUCAACAGACCUCACAAGCAUCGCCGACAAAUGAUAACACGUUGUCAUCAUCACCAAACGGAUCUGACAUGCUUGCAAAUACUUCCAAAGGAGAAGAAAUAAUUACCACAGCUGUCGAGGUGGGAUUACCACCGACUCCAUUUUGGAUGCAAAUUCAACAGCACCUCAAAGACUUUGUAACGAGGGAAAUUGAUCUGGGCUACAAAUGGGAACGGGUUCAUCACUCUGUGGACGCAUUUUCUGGGGUUUCCCCCGUAGGGGCAGGCCCCAUGUCAAGUGUUUCAACACAGCGCUUGGACGAAGAGGCAGGAUUUGGCUUGGAGAAGCCUCCAGCUGCAGCAGCAAUUGUCAAAAGGAAGGGCAAGUCGGAAAAGCCGACUCGCCAGCAGCAAUUGCUUCAGCAGCAACAAGAGCAGCUGGAUGAGGAAAGACGGCAAAUUGCAGCAUCGAUGUCAGCAUCCAUGCCCAGCGAGAACAUUUAUCUCACACCAGACGAAAUACCUGAUUUCGUAAACUAUUUAUACCGAGGCUUGUUACAACAUUCGGCGCUCUAUCAGUAUCUAUCAAAGUAUCCACAGACUAUAGAAAAUAAGGUAGAGGAGUUUCAAACAGGAUCAACAGAUUCUUUUCUUCUACUCUUAGAGGAGCCCAUGCCCAUUCCGCCCUUGAACCUUUCUACUGAGAUGCUCUCCACAUAUUCUGCAACAGUGGAACCAGCACCAUCAAUUCCCAUAAAAAAUGGUCGUGCCAAUACGUUUGCUGCCACGCUUAACAGUAAUACAGUUUCUUCAACUGUGGAGGCUACAGGGACACUCUCCCCUUUGCCAGGCAAAGGACUUGAGGCGGGAUCCCGCGAGAAAGUUUCAAAAUCCCCAUUAGAUCUAUUCCAAGACAUGCAGAAGCAGGAAAUCGAUAGACUUGCUAUUAAAUAUCAUGAGGAGAUAGCAAAGGAAGAGCGCCGUGCCCGCGCUGAACAAAUUGAAAAAGAGAUGACACUGUUUUUUGAGAUGUAUGGUACUCAAAAGGCUGUGGAUGAUAUUUAUACAAGCAUUGAUUCUGAGGUUCGACAACAACAGUGGCGCAUUCUGCAACGGGUCAAGGCGCUUGAAGUGGCUUUGGGCAUCAAUUAA